AUGCAAUUUGAUACAUCCAUCAGGAAAAUUUUAUUCAUAGAGAUUUACAUCAGGAAAUCUAAAUAUAAUUAUCGUUGGCAUAUUAGUGAUUUUGGAUUUUGUGACCCUGUUGAUAAACCGUUAGAAAUUAUGUGGAUUGGAAAACUGCCUUUUGCUGAUUUUGAUCAUGAUUAUGAUUUUGCAAUGAAAUCUAGUAAAUGA